UGUUUCUGAGGGUUGCAUUUCUACGACGCACAGCCGGAAGUGUCUAUCCGUGGGUCUUUAGAGAGAUAAUCUGAGGAGUGGGCUACAACAGGCGUACUCAGGUACUGACCCUUGACCUCGGGGUCCUACCUCAUCCCUCAGGCGUGAUGGCUACGGGCGCAGAUGUACGAGACAUUCUAGAACUCGGGGGUCCAGAGGGAGAUGCUGCUUCUGGGACCAUCAGCAAAAAGGAUAUUAUCAACCCGGACAAGAAAAAGUCCAAGAAAUCCUCGGAGACGCUGACCUUCAAGAGGCCUGAGGGCAUGCAUCGGGAGGUCUAUGCUUUGCUUUACUCUGACAAAAAGGACGCACCCCCACUGCUGCCCAGUGACACUGGUCAGGGAUAUCGCACAGUGAAGGCUAAAUUGGGGUCCAAGAAGGUUCGACCUUGGAAGUGGAUGCCUUUUACCAACCCAGCUCGGAAGGAUGGUGCUAUGUUUUUCCACUGGCGACGAGCAGCGGAGGAAGGCAAAGACUACCCCUUUGCCAGGUUCAAUAAGACGGUGCAAGUGCCUGUGUACUCAGAGCAGGAGUACCAACUGUACCUUCAUGAUGAUGCAUGGACUAAGGCAGAGACUGACCACCUCUUUGACCUCAGCCGCCGAUUUGAUCUGCGCUUUGUAGUUAUUCACGAUCGGUAUGACCACCAGCAGUUCAAGAAGCGUUCUGUGGAGGACCUGAAAGAGAGGUACUACCACAUUUGUGCCAAGCUUGCCAAUGUGAGGGCUGUGCCAGGUACAGAUCUGAAAAUACCGGUAUUUGAUGCUGGGCAUGAGAGACGACGGAAGGAGCAGCUGGAGCGGCUUUACAACCGAACCCCAGAGCAGGUGGCAGAGGAAGAGUACCUGCUACAGGAACUGCGUAAGAUUGAGGCUCGGAAAAAAGAGCGGGAGAAGCGUAGCCAAGACUUGCAGAAGCUGAUUACAGCAGCAGACACCACUGCAGAGCAGCGUCGCACAGAACGCAAGGCUCCCAAGAAGAAGCUACCCCAGAAGAAGGAGGCUGAGAAGCCGGCUGUUCCUGAGACUGCAGGCAUCAAAUUUCCAGAUUUUAAGUCAGCAGGUGUCACACUACGGAGCCAGCGGAUGAAGCUGCCCAGUUCUGUGGGUCAGAAGAAGAUCAAGGCACUGGAACAGAUGCUGUUGGAACUUGGUGUGGAGCUGAGCCCUACCCCCACAGAGGAACUGGUGCAUAUGUUCAAUGAGUUGCGGAGCGACCUGGUGUUACUCUACGAGCUCAAGCAGGCCUGUGCCAACUGUGAAUAUGAGCUACAAAUGCUGCGGCACCGGCAUGAGGCCCUGGCUCGGGCAGGAGUGCUGGGGACCCCUGCCACAGCAGCAGUGGGACCAACCCCAGCAUCUGCUGAGCCAACAGUCUCUGAAUCUGGACUUGGUCUGGACCCUACCAAGGACACUAUCAUUGAUGUCGUGGGUGCACCCCUCACACCCAAUUCGCGGAAACGACGGGAAUCAGCCUCCAGCUCAUCUUCUGUGAAGAAAGCCAAGAAACCAUAAGGGCCAUCAGAGUUGCUGACUAGAGCUCUGCCACAGUGUGUUCCAGAUAGGAGGAGGAGAAGGAGGAGUACAGAAAAAGACAAGAACAUACUUCCCUGAUGGUUUCCCUUUACAUAGCAUUCCUAGAGUUCCCACAGACCAUAUGUGCUUUUAUUUCACUGCAGAGCUAAGAGACAGGACCAUGCCUAAUUGAUCAGAAACUAAAACAAGGAGACUUCAGCCAGGUGGUAGCACAGUUCUUGGGAGAUUGAGUCUACAAAGUCGGAGUCCCAUCUCAGACAGACCCAGAGUCUGAAGACAGCCAAACCGAGUACACACUGAUGCUCUGAUUUCAGAAGGUUCUAGCCAGUCUGAGGAGGAAGGGGGCAUUGAUACCGAAUGUGUUCUAGGUCCUUUCUGUCUUUAGAACAUAAUGGACACCUACCUUUAGAAUGUGGACUUCAGGGGACAUCACUAUCAGACUUCUUCUUGUCAAUAUUCUCAACUUUGCCCUCCUUUUUUUUGGCUAUCCUGGCCUGAAAGAACCCAAGCUACUUCUCUAGGCCCACAUCUUAGUUUUGUGUGGAGAGAUUCACAACCUUACAGACUAGUAUCACCAUCCACUCAUCAUUCCCUGUGGUACAUAAACUGCCCAGACAAGCCCAGACUUCUGCUCAGCGUGAGCACUUACCUUUAGCCCUCAGGUCAACAAGCUCCUGCCUUCCCCACAGAUCUCAAUCUACCAGUCAAGUUCUCUACCUCUCAUUCCCAAAGGACACAUACUUGAUCUAUCUACACCUGUCACCACAGGGGACCAUUCCUGCUAUCUCCCCUGAAGCUGAUUUGUCCAUUACACCUCAUGUCUAAGCCAGCAUGUCCACUCUCCCAAGGCCCUAGGACACAGCCCUAGUGGUCUCCAGUUCAAACUCUACCAUCCAAGCACACAUCUGGGAGUCAGUGUCUGUUUAAUGCCUCUCCCAGCUGGCUGGUGCCUGAGGCUUAGGGUCUCCUUUCCUUGUCUCCCAUCUUACAACCUGUUUUACUAAAGCUGUCUCCUCUAAUGAUCAAGUCACCUCUCACAGUGGAGCUUCUUAGGUUUGAAUUAAAUUUCUACUUAUUUAUUAUGUGUUUUUGCCUAUAUGUCUAUAUACCAUUUAUGUUUUUGGUACCCAUGGAAGCCACAGGGGGCACUGGACCUGGAGUUAACAGUUUGAUUGUGCAACAUCAAUCAUGGUUCUAGGGAUGGAACCUGCUUCUGAAAGAGCAACCAGUGCUCAAACUGCUGAGCUAUCUCCCUGCCCUUUCUGUUUGACUUGUACUCACUCACUCUCUGACUGUGGCUUUGGUGAAAUUACCAUUUCUUUCCAUGCCAUUCUACUGGCUCCUAUGAGCACUUGUUCUUCUGCACAUUCCUCAAAUGUGCUGCUCAAAGCUGUCACUGAACCUCUUCCUUUUCUCUCCAUAAGCAGAAUUAUCUACCCUGGCCAUCCUUGGGGCCUGAGUUGUCCAAUAGCCUCUAAGUAUAUUCUUACUAUCAGAUACACUCUUCUAGGCAAAAGCAACACCACUGCCAUUCUUUCUACCAUGGUGUACUUUAAACCAUGAUCCUAGUCAUUUCACUCCAUCUUAAACCCCUUCAGUGAUCCUGGAGCAGAAAAGAGAAACAAUGGAUAACAUGGUCAAACUGAAAUGGCCUUUAGUUAAUAUUAAUAGCACAGGGUCAACACUAAGUUUGCUAACGCUAAUAACUGAACUAUGGUUAAAGCUGUUAACAGGAGUUAAGCUAAGUAAGUGAAAAAUAGAAACUUGUUUGCAAGGAGCCUGGGGAUAUAUUUGCCUAUCACACAUGGACAUCUAGGUUCAAUCCAUAGCAUGGAAUACCAGGUGUCGUGGCACAUAUCUAAAUUCCCAGUCCAUGUGAGACAGAGGCAGGAGGUCACAAUUCAAGACUAAUAUGGCUGCAUAGGCCAUAAUCUGGUU